AUGCACCAUUCAAAAGCAAGCGACUACGAAUCAAAUAAAAACAAUCAUUGGAUUACUCCUGAAAUAAAAACAGUUUUGAUGAAUCGAGACAAAGUAAAAGGAAAAACGGUGAUUUCUAAUGAUACAGAUUAUUGGCUUCACUUUAAACUUGCCCGAAAUAAGUGUAUUAAUAUGCUGAAAGGAGCAAAAGAGAUUACUAUCACCGGUUAUUUGCAGCCAGCAAGGGAAAUUCCAAGUAAAUUUGGAAUACAAUAAAUGAGUUAAAGUCCCAAAGUUUGAAAUCUCAAAAUAUUUCUUCUCUUUUAAUAAACAAAAAAGUAGUGACAAACAACAGUGAAGUAGUUGAAUGUUUAAAACAAUAUUUUGUACAACGUACCACAAUCCACCAAUGUCAAAGCUUCUCAUCAAUAUGUGCAAACAGCUGCCACUGGAACGAUGUUUAUAUUACACCCAACUACUUCGGAUGAAGUUGUUAAAUUAAUCUCCUCAAUAUCUGGUCUAGACCAAAUUCCGUGUAAAUUACUCAAACUCUCUGCACCUAUAGUUUCGAAAUCAUUGUGCGAUAUUUUCAAUUUAUGUAUACAGACAGCAGUAUUCCUUGAUGACUGGAAAUUAGCCCCUAUAUACAAAGGUGACGCAAAAGAUAAUGUAGGGAAUUACAGACCAAUUUCGGUUUUAAGUGUGAUUUCUAAGGUUUCCGAGCGUAUUGUUUUUGUUCAGAUUUAUACCUAUUUCAAUGAAAACCACCUGUUACACAAGAAUAAAUUAGGCGUUAAGAAGUGCCACUCUACUAUGACUGCACUAAUAGAUGACACUAUUGAAUGGCUUGCAAAUAUGGAUCAGGGAAAGCUUACUGCGAUUGUCUAUAUUGAUCUAGCGAAUGCAUUUGAUACAAUAAGUCACGAGAGAUUACUCGAGAAACUCCACACUUGCAGGGUUGAUACAAAUAAUUUAUACUGGUUUCAAUCCUAUUUACAAGAUCGGACACAAAAAUGUUAUGUAAAUGACGCUCUAUCCGCCGGACGUACCAUUCAUUGUGGUGUGUCUCAGGGUUCAAUUCUUGAACCCUUAUUAUAUGUCAUCCGAAUUCAAAUAAAAAUCUGUCCGUUCGUCGUUGUGUCGGUCCGUCUGUCCGCUUGUCUGUCUGUCCGUCUGACCGUCUUUGUUUAUUUGUUUACUUUGUUUGUUUGCUUUAUUGUACGUUUAUGUUUGGUUUUGUUCGUUCGUUCGUUCGUUCGUUCGUUCGUUCGUUCGUUCGUUCGUUCGUUCGUUCGUUCGUUCGUUCGUUCGUUCGUUCGUUCGUUCAUUCAUAUGUUUGUUUGUUUGUUUGUUUGUUUGUUUGUAUGUUUUCUUAUAUUUGUUAUUGAUGGAUUUAUUUCUUUGUUUAUAUUUUCUUUUGUCAAAAGCACUUCAUUUACUAGAAAAAGCUACUUUUUUCAUUGUUGUUUGGCCUCAGGAAAGCGAAAUUUUAGAGAAACCUUUUCCUUUUCUAUGCCUUCACUGAAUACAUCAUUUUAUUAAUGUAUUUUAUAGAUCGGGAAUUUCGGUAAGCGAUGGCAAAUGGCAUCAUGUCUGCAUCACAUGGCAGAGUAGUGAUGGUGCUGUGCAAGCUUACAAGGACGGUGCGCUUAUAAAGAGCUUGAUUGGGUAUACGCCAGGAAGAUCAAUUUUGCCAUUUGGUAUAUGGAUUAUUGGGCAAGACCAAGACAGCCUUGGUGGAGGGUUUCAAUUAAGAGACGCAUUUGAUGGUUACCUUAUUGACGUCAAUGUGUGGGACAGAGUGCUGUUUGCUGGCGAGAUUUCCUUCCUUGCAAACAGGGAAUGUGGAUCCGGGAUGAAGGGAAAUUACAGAGCAUACAAUGAUUUCGUUCCUUAUGGAGGUGUCCGAAAGUACAAGCUAAAUAAUAAUUGUAAGUCUUUGGGUUUUUAUUUCCGCUUUGGCCGUUUGUAA